AUGAUUGAAUCAAAACACAAAGUGAAUAUCCCUUGCACGAAUACGACAUCCUUUGUAUUCAGCGCAGGCAACCAAACCCCAUCAUCUCAGGAAUCACCUCAGUAUUUCGAUGCCGAUGUUCCUUCACGGUGUUUUACAAUGGCCCAAGCCAAGGUGUGGGUCAAACAAUUUGCCAAAGGUCUUGAAAGUCUCGGGCUUGGACCAAACGGCAAAGUCCUGCUAUUCUCAGAAAAUCGAUUAUACUUUCCAGUUCUUCUAUGGGGCGUUUCGGCUGUGCGGUGCAUCUUCACUGCAGCUUCUCCCAGUGCUUCAAUUCAAAUCUUGCACAUGUCAUUUAAUAAGCUGACACUUCACAUGAAAGAACUGAAUUAUCAAAUUCAAGAUUCAGACGCGAAGGUUUUGUUGGUAGGCCAAAAACAAGUUCCUGUGGCUUUAGAAGCGGCGAGAAAAAGUCAUAUUAAGAACAAGAAUGUGUUUUUGUUCUGCCACCCCGAGGAAGAGGUACCAGCUGAGAUCUUAGCCCAAAUUGCACCUUGGACGAGUAUCUGGAGACCGGCCGAAGAGGUUCAAUCAUGGUCCUGGAGGAAGAUAGACACCCGUGAAGAGGCCGAAGGAACGACUGUGAUUCUUAAUUAUUCAAGCGGAACAACUGGUCUCCCCAAAGGAGUUAAGAUUUCGCACUAUAACAUCGUCGCAAAUUGUACCCAGCUUCUUUACAAACUUCUGGUAGCCCCGGAAAUCCCAAAAGGGAUUGAGCGCAAGGAGAGACUUGCUACUUCAGGGGAGAGAUGGCUGGCACCUCUUCCAAUGAACCAUGGCCAAGCAUACUACUGUGUGAAUGCUGUUAUUCUGCAAGCCAAGGUCUUUAUCAUGAAAUCUUUCUCUGUUCAAAAAUACUUAUUGUACAUGGACAUCUAUCAUAUCACUUUCAUGGCAACAGUUCCGGCCAUUAUGGCAACUACCUCGAAGCAGCAAAACCCUUCAAUUUACAAUUUGCGAACCAUUGAAACAGUACUUAGUGGAUCAGCACCAUUGAGUCCCGAUCUUGGUCGUCUCAUUGAAAAUUUGUAUCUGCGACCGGGUGUAUCGGUCAAGCAAGGGUGGGGGAUGACGGAAACAACAUGUUCGAUCACCGGAUUUGCUCCGGACAUUGAAGAUGACGGACGCUCCAUUGGGUGGUUAAAUCCUAAUUGCGCGGCAAGGAUCGAGCAACUUGACGAUCGAGAUUUUAGUGGAGUUGCACCCCAAGGUGCUCUGUUGGGGAGAUUUGGACCACAGGAGACAGAGGAAGCUAUCGUUGAAGCUGGUGGACUUCGUUGGUUGAGAACGGGUGAUAUCGGAUAUAUCGAUGAUCGAGGGUGCAUUUACAUUGUGGAUCGUUUGAAGGAUUUGAUCAAGGUGAAGGGGCUCCAGGUUGCGCCUGCAGAACUAGAGCAGUACCUUUUAACCCACCCUGACAUGGCUGAUGCUGCGGUCGUGGGCGCUAAGAUUGGAGGAGGAGAGUAUCCACGAGCAUUUAUAGUGCGAAAGGGAAAGGUUGUAACGAAAAAGGAGAUUCAGGAGAUGAUCAAGUUACACUUUGCAUCUCAUAAGUGCCUUACUGGCAGUGUGUAA